CGGACGCUCUGUCCACACCUCUCUAUCGCCCUCUCUCCCACCACCAUCAACAGGGGAGGGGGCAGAGCUUCCGCUGUGACAGGGAAGGCGGGGCGGAUAUCCGCCGGCACCGACGGAUGUUGACAGGCUGAGCGGUCCCGGCUAAGGAUAGUAUCCUCUUAUCGGCAUGGCAGAUGACAAUGAAGAGUUGCCAGUGGAUGAAGAUAUUCCGGCUCCUGCUGAGGACAACUUGGAACAGCUGGAGAACGGCAGCCCUGCCGAACGGAGCGGUCAUGUGGCUGUCACUGACGGCCAGUGCAUGCUCGUGUGGGGCGGAUACAAGAAUGCUCAAGUGAGGGGUUUUUACGACUUCUACCUGCCCAGAGAUGAAAUCUGGAUGUACAACAUGGAAACUGGAAGAUGGACGAAACACAGAACGGCCGGGGACGUGCCCCCUUCCAUGUCGGGAAGCUGUGCCGUCUGUAUGGACAGAGUCUUGUACCUGUUUGGAGGGCACCACGCACGCGGCAACACGAAUAAGUUCUACAUGCUCAGCUCGAGAUCGAAUGACAGAGUGUUGCAGUGGGUCAGGGUAGAGUGCCAAGGCAUCCCCCCUUCGUCAAAAGACAAACUUGGCGUUUGGGUUUAUAGGAACAAGCUUAUAUUUUUUGGUGGCUAUGGGUAUUACCCUGAAGGAGAGCAGAUCGGAACAUUUGAGUUUGACGAAACCUCUUUUUGGAAUUCAGGUCUUCCUCGUGGGUGGAAUGAUCACGUGCAUGUCCUGGACACGGAGACUUUUACGUGGAGCCAGCCUGUAACCACGGGUAAGUCACCGUCUCCCCGUGCAGCCCAUGCUUGUGCCACAGUUGGGAACCGAGGCUACGUCUUUGGAGGCAGAUAUCGAGAGUCUAGAAUGAAUGAUCUCUACUCCCUCAAUCUGGACAAGUGGGAGUGGCAUGAAAUAAUCGCACAAGGCCCUGGCCCUGUUGGCCGCUCUUGGCACUCUUUAACUCCAGUUUCAUCUGAUCAUCUCUUCCUCUUCGGCGGGUUCACCACCGAGAAGCAGCCUCUCAGUGAUGCCUGGAUCUAUUGCAUUAGCAAAAAUGAGUGGAUGCAGUUUGAGCACAAUUAUUCAGAGAAGCCCCGACUCUGGCACACGGCCUGUGCGAGCGACGAGGGAGAAGUGAUCGUCUUUGGGGGCUGUGCCAACAAUUUACUUGCCCAUCACAAAGCAGCACAUAGUAAUGAGAUACUCGUGUUUUCUCUUCAACCAAAAUCCCUCGUAAGGCUGUGCCUGGAGGCCAUUAUGUGCUUCAAGGAGAUCCUAGCCAGCUCUUGGCACUGCCUGCCCAAGCACCUGCUGCACAGCCUCAACCAGCGCUUUGGGAGUAACAACACAUCCGGCUCAUAGGAGGAGGAAACUGCUGCUGCUGGUGGUCCGUUUGCAGGCCCGUGUUAUGCAUGAAUGAGCCCUUCUAUAAAGAGAUGUCAUAACUUGACCAUCCCAGUGUGGCAAAAUGUGUGUGACAUUUGUAUAGGUUAAAUAUUAUUUUUGCGUUGUAGGUAGCAGGCUUCUCUUUUGUUGUUGUUGCAUGUGAAUGGCUUAGAGAGAGAACCUAUUUUUGUGUAAAGAUUUGUUUGCAAUAAAUGUAUUUAAAGCA